AUGGGGAAUCUGCUAUCAGGCAAGGGUAAUUGUUGGGAGGGCACGAGCGGGAAUAAGAAAGUAACAUUUACAGACGAGUCCACCAGCAAGCAUAUUAAACUACUCUUUGGUUGUAAUAAUGCCGAAGAACAUUUGGAAUAUGUCCAAGAAAUGUGUGACCUGAUUGCCGACAAACAUGGAGCGGAAGGUUUGUCCGGGUUGGGAUUGGAAUUUCGAUAUAUUACUGAUAAGGAGGAGGAUGGGAAUAGUCAAACUAAGAGCGACAGCAUGCCCUUCUCAUCACCGUCAGCGGAAUUGUCAUUACGGCAGAAAUUACAGGAGGAAGCGAAAAAGAAUCAAAAUGGUGAAUAUUCAAUACCCAUCCAAGAUGGUGGUGAACCGGACCAUGCACCGGACCAUGUAUCCAUCAGCGAUGACAGCAACAGCGAUGACAAAACAGAUUUAAAAAAGUCCGCACGGUUUCAACAUGCAAUCUCCGAAUUAUCAUCAGCGGACAGUGAUGAUAGUGCCGGAGACGAUAACAAUGAUAAUGAUGACGACGUAUCAAUAUCAGAUGAAGAAAAGGACAUUUCCUAUGGGGUCAGAGAAAUGUCCAUUGAACCAAGUGAGUUCUUUGUUCCGCUUGGAGAACCAAUUAGCCGCAUGGGAUCCGAUCGAUCCCUGCAAACCGCCACAACCAUGUUUUCCUUGUCCACGCAUGAAUCACGAGGUAGUGCUGCUUCGAAAUCUCCAGAUGGGAUAGCGACUAAACCUUCCGGGCAUUUACUCUUUCACAAGUCUUCCAACACACAAAUUACGGAAAAGAAUCAUCAGCUAUUUAUUGCACACGGCAAAAUGUAUGAUGAAGUAGCAAGGUUAUGUACGGAGUGUGCUCAACAUGUAAUGAUGAAGGAAGGCAAUCUCGAAUGGCAGAGUUUGGGAGAUGGAAUCAAUGCUAUGGUGACGCGGAAUCGUUCUUUUCGACGACCACUCUUGCUGAUUGUAACGGGAAAGGGCAAGGUGGGAGCUGGAAUCUUUUCUCGUCGACAUUUAAUGACGAAUGGUAUCGAAACAUCGACAGCCUUGCCCUUUGUCCAAAGAGCCAUUCACCGAAAAAUGGAUGUGGCAGUCUUGGAUCCCAAUGGAGGUGGGGGCCAAAACGCUAUGCAGUGUGUCCAAACCAGUCUGGAACGACUAUUCUUGGAUCACGGAGAAACGGACGAAGAAGUCUAUAUAUUGGCGCACAGUAUGGCAGGUUCUCAAAUUGUUCGAUUCCUUCAUGACAAGACCUUUGACAAGGAUACAGUACCAAAAACAACAAAAGGAAAGGGGGUCCCAACCAUUGCACCCUCCAACGCCCAAGAUUCUCACAUACAGACUGGCAUGAACUUUCUUCAGCAAAUCAAAGCAGUCGCCUUUACAGAUUCCAAUCAUAAUAUCAAUUGGACCAAACACAAUCGACCCUUGAAAGAUUUGGUGGAAGGCCCUUCGUCUUUAUACAUCAAGUCCCACAAGGUACACGAGGAUGCCAAGAUACUUGGGGAAAAGCACCACGAUUGCGAUUUUUGGAAACAUCGCUUUGGGAAUAUAAAGACGAUAUGGGGUGGUACCCAUGAACAUGCAUUGACCAAUUAUACAGGGAUGGAACACAUUUGGGAACACUUUGAUGAGAUUAUGGAGCAAAGUGGUGAAGACCAAACUUCUGGUUAA